AUGCACAUAGGUUCUACUAUUUCCUCCCACCAGCACAAAGAUCCGCAAACCCGAAAUCCCAAGUCGUACAAGCAAACCUUCGAGUACUGCCUUAAAGCUCAACUCAACAAACCUUUUUAUCACCACGAGAAGAUGAAUCCCUGCUCUGGAAACUGCUCCUGCGGUGCUUGUACGUUGUUGCCUACCCGAACCUUCCUCUAA